UCCGCAGAAGAAACUCGGUGACAGGGAAAGACAUUAAAGUUGUUACAGAGAGUGAUGCUAUCCAGGCCCUUGGAGUGGUUAUCUACCAUGCUCUGGACUACGGACUCCAGGAAUCCGAGGAGCGACACCUCAGUCACAGCCUGGAACAUCUCCUGGAGGUGAUGAUAAAUCCAGAUGAGGAAGAUGAUGAGGAAUUACAGAAUGCGUGCGACGAGGGGAUCGAGAAAGACGCCAAGGAGGGGUACACGUUCGCAGACAUUAUUGUGUUGUGUUCCCAGCACAUUUCCAGUGACCUCAAUGUGGGUCAGCACUACAAGGCAGUGUGUAAGGCCCUGGUGGCCGAGGCAGAAGAACUACUUACCUUCCUCAACAGAAUCUCCUCAGGCAAGAAACAGCUGGAGAAGGUGGUACAGGACGAGGACCAGGCCAGGCUCGAGGAGCUACAGAGGUCUGACUGGGCUCGAUUAUGGGUGCAGAUUAUGAAGGAACUAAGACGAGGGGUCAGGUUAAAGGCAGUGGAGCACAUCACAACGCCAACAGAGUAUGAGUUAACUCCCUUUGAAAUCCUUCUGGACGACAUCAAAUCUCAUCGCUACACCCUCAACAAAGUCAUGGUAACUGUUCAAUUGGUUUCUUUUGAGUGA